GUCUGCAUAUCCCAACUAAAAAUUUCAUACUGUAAACAUUAUUAGAAUUCAACCUACGCGUUGUCGCCAGCUAAAACCACCAUCGGGAGUCUUUGUACUGCACUCAUAUGUAUUUGGACAUUUUCAAGUCGGGACAACACAGUGUGAAUGCACACACUAAAGUUUCUAUAAGCCACUAUGUGCGUGUUUGUGUUUCCCAGCAAGACAGACCUCUGCUAAAAUGAGAAAUGUUGAUUGAUGGUGUUGCGUAGCAACAUAAGGCUCUAAUGUCGGUGACUAAGGGUGUGUAUAGCACACUCCUGGGUUGAGCGAGGACUGGAACGCCACAUACGUCAACACUGUGUUAACUACGUGAUCUACAUAACUCCGAAUGGAUGGCAUGAGUUUGGACACAUCAUGUCAGUGUUGUUCUGCUAUCAAAUCCAACUUUUAACAGGAGUUGCUACAAAGUGUGAAACUGUGUAAAGUGUAAAUUCAUAUAAAACACACGUUUGGGUGUGUCAAGGUGUUAUUGUUGUCGCUUUGUAAUGAUGAUGUCAACAAUACAGGGUAUUGAGCCCUCUUGGUCACAGUUACCGGUUGGAAUAACGCCGCCUGGGAUGGAGACGCAAAAAUGGAAUAUGUACCUGAACGACACGAUUACCAACACAUGGUUCCUGGGCAUCACCUUGGUACUGGGGGUAGCUGGUACCUUAGGUAACGUCAUGGUCAUCGGGGCAGUGCUGGUUCAUAAACCACUUCGAAGACUCCCAAAUGUCUUCAUCGUCAAUCUAGCCUGUGCGGAUCUGUGCGUGUCGGCGCUCAUACAGUUCUCGACGGUGCAUUCUAUACUCAAAAAGAACGGGACUCCAAUGUUCAAAGAUCAACCGGCACUUUGUGAUUUCUUCGGUUUUCUUUGCACAACGAGCUGCACAUGCUCCCUGUGGAGUAUCAUGGCGAUUAGCAUCAACAGAUAUGUCUGCAUUUGCCACAACUCACUGUAUCACAGGAUAUACACUCCCGGAAUCAACAUGGCUGCGAUGGUGGCUACGUUGUGGAUAUGUGCCUUUUUAAUGGACCUACCCGCCUUUCUUGGUUGGGGAGGCCACGCCUAUGACCCAAAGGUCAUGUUCUGUACAUUCAACUACACGGCCUCUCUAAGCUACACCGUAUUCCUGGUAUCCGUUGGUGUCGGUGUUCCAGUCGUCGCAGUCAGCUUCAGUUAUGUUCGAAUCCUACUGUUCGUCCGGGAGAGUCGACGGACUCUACGGCGAAUGAGUGAAGGAGCAGUGGGCAUGGGCCAACGUGGGAUUAAAAGAAGGGAUAUGACUCUACUCCGCACCGUCAUGACGCUCUGGCUUGUCUUUCUCAUCAUGUGGGCACCUUACACAGUUUACGUUCUCUUCGAUACCAAGAACACUUGGAACCGGACCGUGUACGUAGUCUUCGUGAACUUAUGUCACGCGAAUAGCAGUAUCAACUGUGUGAUUUACGCAGCCACGAACCCGACGUUUCGGAAAGGCUACGUUGCCUUCAUCAAAACUCUCUUGUGUCGCAAGGUUACUGUGGCAUUUGAGAAGCCAUUGCAUUCCCGGAAAAUGUCAAGUAAUGACGGGGGCAAUCGCUCCAGUCGUGUAUACGACAAGUUUCAGAUACAAGACACGUGAGAACAUUUACUGCUCCAAAUAAAAACUUUAACAAUAAAAUUAUUACAUGUCAGUCAAAAUUAUAUUGAAAUUAUCACAUAUUAAAUUGUCUUAAACUGUAUCUGCAAAGCGUUCUGCAAAAAUAGGUAACAAUUACAAUCACUAUUACCACACCAAAAUAAGCGGUUAUAUAUAGGUCUCGCUUCUGAUUGGCCUACCCCUGUGCCCUGAACUUCAGCUGAUAAAUUCGAGUGGCUAAGUUCAACACCAGUUCACACCAACACACACGUUCGCUUUGUAAUUCGCAUGUAUGGAAGGUUCUGCAAAGAAACAAAUAAUUACUGGUAUCGCUUUGCGUGUAAAUUGACCAUAGAACUGAAAAUUGAAUUCAGGAUCCUUUGUUUGUUCUGCUCAUGAGACCUCGAGUCUUAUCAAAACAUUUUGUGCAAGUCAAGUCAUGAAUGAAUUUUAUUGGCUUCUUGCGUAAAUCAUCACAGAAAAAUGUAUUUCGUUCAUAUCUAUAUAAUAUACGCGCAUCUGAGACUUGAGUUAGUUUAAAGUGUGCGUGGUUUGUGAAGGAAUCAUUUCACACCUUUCUGAAGAAAACAUGUUAGGUAGCCUGAAACAAAUAUUAAUUUUGAAUGACAGUUAAUUAGUUAAUUAAUAAGAAUCCAAUAAUGAAGGCAGUACAUUGUCAUGCUAUUCCCAAUCAUCUUUGGGUCUAUUUAAAAGCACUUUAGAGCUUUUCUCUCUCAGUUCAUGACAGUUUUUUUCUCACCAUGCCAACAGAAACUACUCAGCUAAUGUUCUCUUUUUGCCAUUUAUUAUUUAAUCAGUCCAUUGUUCUCGUUUACAUUGCGAUACCAUUAUCUAUCUUCACUUUAGUCAAGGCAUUAUUUGAUAUGACAUCAAAAUUGCAACAGAAAGUCUCAACUGUUUUAUACGCUCCUGGAGGCGUCCACAACAUAUCAAAACUCUUAAGGAAUCCUGUGGUAGAAUGUUCAAUGGUGACCAUUUUGAAAAGUUGGCCGCCAUGAAAACUUCGACCACCAGGAUUCCUGAAGAGUUUUCAUAUGUUAAAGUGGAACCCUCCUCAAUGAGCAUAUGAGCAUAACAUAGCUGAGACACUUUCUAGUGCAAUUUGUCAUCCGAGGCUGACCCCCUUUUCUCGAAAUGCCUGGACCUCUGUAUUAUAUAUCCGUACUACAGUGUUUGACUGUUUUGUUCCUGUUUAUGUUAUGUUUUAUCUGUACGUCGGACAUCUCACCACCGUGUCCCCGGCCUUCAGAAGUUGACUCAAAGUUUUUAUGUUUUGUACAACUGGAUUUGUGGUUAUUUCUUAAAUUCAUUUAUUUUUGCUAAGUAUUAUUAAAUCAGUUUUCAUGAAGUAUAAUGAAAUAAAUGUGCAUUUAAAAUUGAA